AUGUCUUACGCUGGUUCUGAAACCUCCGAAGAGGACUCUGUGAGUGACGAAUCCAGUUCGUCUUCCGAGGAAUACGAGAAGGAACCCGAGGCGGAAUCCGAUGUGCCCAUGGACGAUCCUAAUGAUGCCGAUGACGAACAAUCAUCUUCCGAUGCCGAUGAUGAACAAUCAUCUUCCGAUGACAACUAUUCCAAUAGCGUGUACAGCUCUCCGGAACCCGAUGAGACAGAGGGGGAAAUCGUCCAGUGUGAGGAGUGCCACUGCUGGAUGCGUGAAGGCCAGAGUCACUACUGUGAACCGGAGGAGAGGGAUAAGUACGCUUAA